AUGAGAGAAAACCUGAUUAACAGGGAGUUCUGCUUUGACCACUCCGAGUUUGUGAGAGACCUUGUGGGUGACCUGAUUGAUGGGAAGAAAUAUUCUUCCUCGCGGUUGGCCCAAAGUGGCUCAGUGACCGGCAAACUCACAUUGUCGGAAGGGGAUGAUGACGAAAUCACUGCUACUCGACAGGGGCUCAUUGUUUGGGGAGAGCCCUACCUUACUAAAAAUUGGGAGGCCACACCAGGGUUUCUGCGCAAGUGGUCAUGGGCAAUGCAUGGGUGCGACGAGCUGAUCGAUUCGACUAAUAAUUGGAGAAUAAUUAGAGGCGAAAAGCCCGUGCGGCUCUCAUGCAAAUGA